GCCUUUCACGCCUGUCAACAGCCCGCAACCUCCACGCUGCCAUUAUCACUGGAGGACCUGUUUUAUUACUCGACUGGAAGACCGACCCAGGACCAGACCACACACAACAUGGGUCGCCGAUCCCAAAAACAACCCCCGGGGGGAGCAAACGACACCCGAGAUAUCGGCAUAAUGUUCCAGCGGCCAGGGCCUUCCAAAAUGGCCACCCAAGCGGAAG